GAUUUUUGAGGAUGCGUGGCUGUUGCAGAACAGUCCCCUUCCAGGCGUUUCCCUUGUUCCGCUCAUCGUGUGUCCUUGCGCCUCGUUUCUGCUCCUCAGGCUGAACCAUCCCAACGUGGUGGCUGCCCGUGACGUCCCUGAGGGGAUGCAGAAGCUUGCACCAAACGACUUGCCCUUGCUGGCCAUGGAGUACUGCCAGGGGGGAGACCUCCGCAAGUACCUGAAUCAGCUGGAGAAUUGCUGUGGCUUGCGGGAAGAAGCCAUUCUCAUCUUGUUGUCCGAUAUUGCUUCUGCCCUCCGGUACCUUCAUGAGAACAGGAUCAUCCACAGAGACUUGAAACCAGAGAACAUCGUGCUGCAGCAAGGAGAGCAAAGGUUAAUACACAAAAUCAUUGACCUUGGUUACGCUAAGGAGCUGGAUCAGGGUAGCCUGUGCACAUCCUUUGUUGGGACUCUGCAGUACUUGGCUCCAGAGCUGCUGGAACAGCAGAAGUAUACGGUGACGGUGGAUUACUGGAGCUUUGGCACGCUGGCCUUCGAGUGCAUUACAGGCUUCCGACCGUUCCUACCCAACUGGCAGCCAGUGCAGUGGCAUACAAAGGUGCGACAGAAGAGCGAGCUGGAUAUUGUCGUUUCGGAGGACUUAUCUGGAGAAGUCAAAUUUUCUAGCAGUUUACCCUGCCCGAACAAUCUAAACAGUGUGUUGGCCGGGAGGCUGGAGAAAUGGCUGCAGCUCAUGUUGAUGUGGCACCCGCGGCAGAGAGGCACAGACCCAACGUAUGGACCCAAUGGGUGUUUCAAAGCUUUGGAUGACAUUUUGAACUUGAAGCUGCUUCACGUUUUGAACAUGGUUACGGGAACUGUGCACACCUACCCUGUGACCGAGGAGGAGACUCUGCAGACCGUGAAGGCCAGGAUCCAGUCGGAUACAGGCAUCCCAGAACAGGACCAGGAGCUGCUGCAGGAAGCUGGACUGGCGUUGUUUUCUGAGAAGCUGGCCACUAAACAUCUCGCUGACAGCCAGGUGAAUGACACUGCAGCUGCAGACACGGACCUCCUCUUCCUCUUCGAUAACCAGAAGGUUGCCUAUGAGGCUCAGGUCACCUUGCGUCCUCAUCCAGAAAGCGUUGACUGCAUCCUUCAGGAUCCAAAGAAGAAUCUCCACUUUUUCCAGUUGCGGAAGGUGUGGGGGCAGAUCUGGCACACGAUCCGGAUGCUGAAAGAGGACUGUAACCGCCUCCAGCAGGGGCAGCGAGCAGCCAUGAUGAAUCUCUUGCGUUACAACAGUACCCUCUCCAAGAUGAAGAAUUCUAUGGCCUCCCUUUCCCAGCAACUGAAAGCAAAGCUGGACUUCUUUAGAACAAGCAUCCAGAUCGAUCUGGAGAAGUAUAAAGAGCAGAUUGAAUUUGGAAUUACUUCUGAGAAGCUGCUCUUUGCCUGGAAGGAGAUGGAGCAAGCGGUGGAGCUCUGUGGGCGGGAGGAGGAUGUGGAUCAGCUGGUGAAGAAGAUGAUGGCCCUGCAGACGGACAUUGUGGACCUGCAGAGAAGCCCGCUAGGUCGCAAACAAGGAGGGACACUGGAGGAUUUAGAAGAACAAGCCAGAGAGCUGUACCGGAGACUGAGAGAGAAGCCAAGAGAUCAGAGGACAAGCGGCGACAGCCAGGAAAUAGUACGACUGCUCCUACAGGCAAUCCAGACCUUUGAGAAAAAGGUCCGGGUCAUUUAUGCUCAGCUCAGUAAAACUGUAGUUUGCAAGCAGAAGGCACUGGAAUUGUUCCCCAAAGUGGAGAAAGUGAUGAAUCUGAUGAAUGAAGAUGAGGAAACAGUUGUUCGGCUUCAGGAGAAACGACAGAAAGAACUGUGGAACUUGCUGAAAAUUGCUUGUAGUAAAGUACGUGGUCCCGUUACCGGCAGCGCAGAGAGCAUGAGCACAGCACGUCUAGGCAGCCCUGGUCAGCUCCUGCUGCAGGUCCCUUCGGGAACCUACGACUUAGCAGAAUCCGUCAGGAAAAGCGAGGAGCUGCUGCUGGAAUCACAGAAGCUCUGUACCCAACUAGAAAAUGUGAUGCACGACACAAUGAAGGAUCAGGAGCAGAGCUUCAUGGCUCUAGAUUGGAGCUGGCUGCAGCUUCACGCUGAAGAAACCAACAGCCCAGAACAAACCCAGAUGUAAAGUCACUUCGGUUGCCCCUGAAGACGUGCUGCUUCAGGAACCAACUGUGAAAAGCUGCUGCACCCGAGAAGGGAAGUGCCUCCCCUUACUGUCACCUACAGCUUGCGUGAUGCACGCGGCCUCGCUUCUAGUAUCCACCUCUCGGACACUGUUUUCACAGAGACACAGUAGGAAAUGCCUGUUCU